AUGGAAAGUUUUUCAUUGAUUAUUUGUAUUAUAAUAUUCAUUUGUAUUUGUUUAUUUUUAUUUAUUUUACAUCAACGAACAACAAAUUCUAAACAAUCUUAUCCGUAUACUAAAAACUUACGUGAUACAUAUUUGAAUUCAUCUAUUAUUAAAUGUAUAACAUUAUGUAAUAAAUUAUGUUAUUUUAUUAAAACAACACAUAAACAUGAUUUUAAAGCAAAUAAUAUCAAUAUUAAUAUAGAUCCUAAAUGUAAUGAUAAUAAAAUAAUCAAUCCAGUAAAUGUUCAUAUCUCUUCUUCAAUUAUACUUGAUCCAGAUCAUCAAAAUAAUAACUUAACGUAUGAAACAAAUAAAUUUAUUGAAAAUUAUAAAAUAUUUCAUAAUCCUAUUUAUAAUAAUAAUAAUAUUAAUAUUUAUGGAAAAUAUUCACAAUCAUCCAUGACUAUAUGUCAUGAUCUUAUGAAAAAUGUUUUAAUAAAAUCGAAUUCAAAUAUAAAUUCAAAAAAUUAUUUUGUGCAUAAAACAUCAGAUUCAUCAUUUAGUUGUAGUUAUUUAAAUGAUAUUUCAAAUCCAUUUGAUGUAACUGAUAACAAUUCAAGUAAUUUAAGUAGUUUAUUAGAUAAUAUACCUCAGCAUAAAAUACAUUUUAGUAAUAAUAAUGCACGUAGAUUAGAAUGUAAAAAUUCACGAACUAAAAUGUUAGCAAUGAAAUAUAAAAAUUAUUUAUAUAGAAUAAAACAAACAUCUAAAUAUAAUGAAUUACAUUCAAGAUUAUAUGGACUAUCUAAUAUAAAAACAAUUGAAUGUGUUCAAAAGCAAGAGAUGGCUUAUGUAAACAGUGAAUCCCCUUGGGUGAAGGCAAAUAAUACAACACACUGUAGUUCAAUCAUUACAGGCCAAAGUAAUCAAUCUAGUUGCUCGAGUAAUCAGGAUGAAAUUUUACUGUCUAUCUGUCCGAAAGCACGUGAUCCAACUAACAUUCUAGCCGAUAUGCAUGUUCCAUUGAAUAAAAUUAUCUUCAACAAUGUGGUUCUGCAAGGAACGUUUAGUCAACUGUAUGAAGGAAAACUCUUGGUAUCAUUUCGAAGGCAUGGUAUUUGUUCAAGUAAAUGGAAGCAAGUAUUGAUCAAAACACUAACUGAAAAAGCCACAGCAGAACAAGUAAGACUUUUUAAAAAUGAUGCAUGUAAAUUUGUUGGGGCAAAACAUUCACAUAUAGCGUCCAUCAUUGCGGCUUCAAGUACAUCAGUUUGUGUAAGUUCCCUGUCUAAUCAACAAAUAAUCAAUCAACCGAUUCUUAUUUAUUCAAAUGCCAAAUAUGGAAAUUUAAAAUUGUUCCUGCAAAGGCGAUCAAAUGGAAUGCAGGAUGGAAACAUGAGACCAAAUAUGAUACUUACAGCAGCUCAACUUAUCAACAUGGCUUUACAAAUUCUUAGUGCAGCAGAUUAUUUGCACAGUAUAAAUGUGAUUCAUGAAGAUAUUGCAACACGAAAUUGUCUGUUAAAAUGUCAAACACGUGUAGCUCUUAGUGACUCGGCACUCAGUAGAGAUCUAUUUCCUGAAGAUUACCAUUGCUUAGGUGAUAAUACAAAUCGCCCAGUGAAGUGGCUAGCAUUGGAAGCGUUGAUCGAAAGAAAAUAUACUAUGGCAACAGAUGUUUGGUCUGUUGGAAUAACGUUAUGGGAGCUUAUUACCAGAGGUCAACAACCUUAUGCCAGCAUAGAUGCAUUCGAAAUGACAGCUGUACUGCGAACCGGAUACAGACUGAAAAAACCUCAUAACUGUCCAGAUGACUUAUGGAAAAUUAUAUUUGCAUGCUGGAAAACAAAUCCUUCUGCUCGACCAACAAUUCGUCAACUUAUUACCAAAUUAAAAGCAUUCAAAGUUGCAGUAACCAAUUAUAUUUAA